AUGGAGAAGGGCACUCUGUUUGGAGAAACCGACGGUAUAAUGGCUCGCUGCACAGGAACUUUUGAAACAGAGAGUGGAUUUGAAGGCGAGAUCAGAAGAUGGAGUGAGGAGGAACGCCCCAAGGCCGAGACUAAAAGGAAAAGGUUGAACAGAUAUGAAGGCAUUGAAGAAAGUGUGCUUGAUGGUAUGGAAUAUUUGUUGUCACAACUUGACAACGUAAUAGCACUACGAGCAAUGUUUCCCAAUUUAGAGAAACGGAUGAACAAUGUCAAAUUUCUCAAACCAUUAAAAAUGGUGUUGGCUCAGGUUGCGAAAAUCUAUGUGAUUGUGAUCUUAUUGUACAUAAGACGAUUUCUAAUGAGGUUGAUGAGAUUGAAUCGCCUCAUUAAAAUGGUAAAGACCGAAUAUACGAUUUUGGAGAAUAACUUCCAAACCAUUACAAGAGUUAAGAAUAAAAACAAUGCCAACGGCUGUGGCAACUAUACUAAGAAUAACAGAAAAACAAAUAAGGUUACACAGUACCAUGAAAAGAGUUUGCAAAUCUUAUACACUGAAAAGGCAAAGGCGAUCUUUGAGCUUGUGGGCUACGUCAGCGACUUACUCUUAAAUCUAGGCGCUCUUACACGGAGGAUAAAGUUGGGGAAACCAAUUUCCAGAAUCUUGGGGAUUUUCAGCUGGGCACUUAACAUGUACCGUAUUUGCCGAGACGGCAAUAAUAAGAAUGAGCAAUUUAUCCAUGAAUUAGAGACAAGGUACAGUGAUGUGCUCUGA